UCUACCCAGGUGGUAAAUUUCUUGCCGAUUUUAAGAUUUCUUCCGGGAGAUCUAUUCAAGUAUCAUAGAACAAUUAAUAAUGUUUACAAAGCAAAUGCCACACUGGUUGAACCUGCAAUUGAAGAGCAUUUAAAGAACUAUGACGAGGAUAACACCGAUGACUUUAUUAGUUGUUAUUUGAAGGAAAUGAAAAAGAAUGAAAAAGCAGGCAUGGCAUCGAAUAUUGAUCUUAUCAACCUUAAAAUGGCCAUUGGAGAUUUAUUUGUAGCUGGAACAGGGACAAUAUCAACUACUAUAUUAUGGUCUAUUUUAUAUUUUCUACAUUAUCCACAAGUUUACCAGAAAUGCUAUAAAGAAAUUCAAGAUGUUGUAGGAUCAGGUCGACCACCGUCUGUUAAAGAUAGAGUGAACAUGCCAUAUUUUGAAGCUUUCAAUAUGGAGAUUCUUCGCCAUGCUAACAUUGUACUGGUGGGAGUUCCACGUGCUGUCGAAGAAGAUACUGUGUAUCAAGGUCAUUUUAUACCCAAAAAUGCCAUUAUUUUACCAAAUGUUGAUUCAGUUUUAGCCUCUGAUGAAAUCUGGGGCGAUGCACGUGCUUUCCGUCCAGAACGAUUUUUAGAUGAAAUGGGCCGGGUGAUUCAUCGUGAAGAAUGGAUUCCAUUUUCAAUGGGUCGUCGAAAUUGUUUAGGAGAAGGCUUGGCUAAAAUGGAACAGUUUUUGUUUUUGACAACGUUAGUACAGCGGUUUGAUUUCCAAGUUGAAGAUCCACAGAAUAUACCACCAUUAAAAGGGAACUAUGGAAUAACACACGCUCCCCUGAAGUAUAAUGUUCAGGCUAUACCCAGAUAG